AUACGACCUGGGUGGGAAGGGUCAACAGCUGAUAGUAGAGUACUUCGAGAAGCAAUAACCAGAAGAAAUGGAUUAAAAGUCCCCCGUGGAAUGAAUCAAGAAGACCAACAAGGCCGUAGAAGGAAUAAACACACAUGGACUACUAUAGAAGAUCAGAAAUUGGUUGAUGCGUUGUUGGAUUUACAUAACACUGGAAAGUACAAUGCUGACCGUGGAUUCAAGCCUGGACACUACAAUGCUGUUGAAAGAUAACUUUCCGAGUCACUACCGAAUUCAGGGUUAAAGGCUGAUCCUCACAUUAGAUCAAGGAUGAAGACACUUAAGACACAAUUUAGCAUUGUAUUUGAUAUGCUUAAUUGUAGUGGCAUUGGAUGGGAUGCAACUAAGCAAUGUGUGAUUGCUGAAAAAGAAGUUUGGGAUGAAUAUUUACAGGCCCACAAAAAUGCAAUACCUUUCAGAGAGAAAUCUUUUCCACACUAUGAAACUCUGGCUAUUGUGUUCGGGAAGGAUAGGGCAACAGGAAACAGAGUGGAACAUCCUACUGAUGUUAUAGAGGAAUUGGAUAAAGAGGUUAGUCAAGAGACUAUCGAAGAAGAUUUUAUUGAUAUUGACUCACCUUCACAAGAUGCAACAACAGGGAACACAAGUGAUGUCUCCUUGAAGCGAAAAAGAAAGAGACGUUUGUCUGGAGAUAGCGAUUCGUUGGGAGAGAUCAUGAGGGAAACUAAUACAUAUAUUGGAAGUGAGCUUGUUAAAUCAAGCCAAUUGAUCAAGGAUGGUUUAGAUGAAGUGAGUUUGUACGAGAAGAGACAAAGGUUCACUGAACAAGUAAUGAAAAUGAAUUUAACUAUAGAUCAGUGCUUUACAGCAAUAGGGACGAUUAGUGCUAACCGUAAUUUGCUAGAUUUGUUCUUUAUAAUUGGUGAUAAUCUAAAGGAGACAUGGGUGAGGCGAUACAGCAGGGAGUAUUAG